UCUGACAAAGGUGUGACAAUUUUUACAGAACUACACAAAUUCAGAGAACGUUUUAGUGUGUCCACAUGGUGAGACAUACCCAACACCUCAUGAUACAAAUCAGGCCAUGAAUAUAAAAGUGAAGGAAGGCUCAGAUGCAGAAGAGGGAGAUGAUCCUGUCCCAGUAACAUUUCCAGAAAUAAAGGCUGAACCUGAGACUAUUUUGAAUGAACUUCAGCCUGUGCAUGGUGAGGAGCGACAGUAUUCACGCGAUGAGUGUGGUGAUUCAGUCAGUCAACAGCUAAGUCUGAGAGCACAUCAGCGCAUACAUAGUGGGGAGCGGCCAUUUAGUACUUUGAAUGAACUUCAGCCUGUGCAUGGUGAGGAGCGACAGUAUUCCUGCGAUGAGUGUGGUGAUUCAUUCAGUCAGCAACUAAUCCUGAGAGCACAUCAGCUCAUACAUAGUGGAGACCGGCCAUUUGUAUGUGAUGUAUGUAAUAAGUCAUUCAGUGAUCAGAAUUCACUGAAGAGACAUCAACGCAUACAUACCGGGAAGCGGCCCUUUGUAUGUGAUGUAUGUAGUGAGUCUUUCAGUGGUCAGAGUACACUGAAGACACAUCAUCGUAUACAUACAGGGGAGCGGCCAUUUGUAUGUGAUGUAUGUAGUAAGUCAUUCAGGAUUCAGGGUACACUGAAGACACAUCAGCGCAUACAUACUGGGGAGCGGCCAUUUGUAUGUAAUGUAUGUAAUAAGUCAUUCAGUGAUCAGAGUACACUGAAGACACAUCAUCGCGUACAUACUGGGGAGCGGCCAUUUGUAUGUGAUGUAUGUAAUAAGGCAUUCCAGAUUCAGGGUGCACUGAAGACACAUCAGCGCAUACAUACUGGGGAGCGGCCAUUUGUAUGUGAUGUAUGUAAUAAAUCAUUCAGUGGUCAUGGUUCACUGAAGAGACAUCAGCGAAUACAUACUGGACAACGGCCAUUUAGAUGUGAUAUAUGUAAUAAGUCAUUUCAUCAGCAGAGUACACUGAAGACACAUCAGCGCAUACACACUGGGGAGCGGCGUUUGUAG